GCAACAGAGGACACCAGGGGCUUCAGCAAGUGUGUGCUAGGAGGGGACACCCCUCUCACAACCCACGGGCAAGGCAAGAAGGCUCUGCCCCCAGCACAGAAAGGAAAAGCUCAGCAGGAGCCCUGGCAGAUGAUGUGGAUGUCCAGAUAAUCAAGAAAGAGACACCUAAGGAAGGCGUGGAGCUCUAGAAGGGCCAGAGUGAUCUGUGAGCAGCCAUGGAAGAAACCUACCUGCUGAAUGUGGAAGGGGUCAAAAAGAAGAUUCUGCACGGAGGCCAAGGGCAGCUGCCGAAGCUGCAGGAUGGGAGCAAGUUCACCUUCCACUUCCAGACGCUGAAGGACGACUUUGAGCGCACGGUGAUCGACGACAGCCGGGAGGCCGGCAUGCCCAUGGAGAUCAUCGUGGGCAAGAUGUUCAAGCUGGAGAUCUGGGAGACGCUGCUCAGCUCCAUGAGGAUCGGGGAGGUGGCAGAGUUCUGGUGCGACGCCAUUCACACAGGCAUGUACGCCCUGGUCUCCAGGGGCAUGAGGAGGAUCGCAGAGGGACGGGACCCCCUGGAGGGCCAGAAGCACCGCUGUGGCAUGGGCAACAUGUUUGACUACCACAGCACGGGCUACGAGGACCUGGACGAGCUGCAGCGAACGCCUCAGCCUCUCAUCUUCAUCAUGGAGCUGUUCCGGGUGGAGGACCCCUCAGCGUACAAACGUGACACGUGGGCCAUGAGCAAGGAGGAGAAGCUGGCAGCAGUGCCCGUGCUGCACAGCGAGGGCAACCGGCUGGUGCUGCGCAGGGAGUUUGCGCAGGCGGCCGCCAAGUACCAGGAGGCUGUCAUCUGCCUCAGGAACCUGCAGGCCAAGGAGAAGCCAUGGGAGGAUGGCUGGCUGAAGCUGGAGAGCCUGGUCACACCGCUGGUGCUCAACUACUGCCAGUGCCAGCUGGAGCUCGGCGAGUACUACGAGGUGCUGGAGCACACCACGGAGCUCCUCCAGAAGCACAAUGACAAUGCCAAGGCCUAUUUCAAGCGGGCAAAGGCCCACGCUGCAGUCUGGAACGAGAGGGAGGCGCGGGAGGACUUCCAGCGCGUGGCUCACCUCGACCCCUCCAUGGCGGCCGCCGUGAAGAAGGAGCUGAAGCAGCUGGGGGAGAGGAUGAGGAAGAAGCACGUGGAGGAUCGGAAACGCUACCAGGGCCUCUUCCAGUCAGGCCAGGGCACGAAGGGCCGUGAGGGGAGGGAGAGCAGGGAGGGACCCCCAGAGCUGCAGGUGAAGGGGCAGCACCAGGAGGAGAAGAAGCCCGAGGAGAACCUGUGGGAGAAGAGGUGGAAGGGAGGGAUGAGACAGCAGUGGGCAAAGAAGAAGACCUGA